AUGGAUCCAGGGUUUAAUUUAAAGUAUGAGAAUCCUGUAAGGAAAGCCAAUUUUUUCUCAAAAUCAUUGUUUAUAUGGAUGAUAAGAUUAUUCAGGAAAGGCUCAAGAAAAGUCCUUGAAGUGCAAGAUUUGUACAAAACAUUACCAGCAGAUCAAUCAGACCAUCUUGGAGAUGUUUUGGAGGGCAAUUGGAACGAAGAAAUAGCAAAGGCAAAGGCGAAAAACAAAAAACCUAGUCUUAUCAGAGCACUGGCCAAAACAUAUCUGGGCAAAUACAUGUGUUGGGGUGUGGUUAUAUUUAUACAAUUUGCUAUAAUAAGACCUGUUCAGCCAAUGAUUUUGGCAGAGUUAUUGAAGUUGUUUACGAGUUAUGCACCCAAAGAUAGUGGUGUUAUUAGAGAUAUGUAUAUCUAUGGUAGUGGUGUUGUAGGUUUUUCUUUAAUUCUUAUCUUUAUGGUACAUCACUCAAAUUAUGGUCAAUCCAGAAUUGGUAUGAGGAUAAGAGUUGGGGUUUCAUCUUUGGUUUACAGAAAAAUAGGUCUAGUGACUUUCUUCAUGUGGCAGGAAGUGGGCAUAUCAACGUUGGCUGGCGUAUUUAGCAUGGUAAUUUUCACUAUACCUCUACAAGGUUAUCUCGGUAAAGUAACAUCAAAUCUGCGAAGAAAAAUCGCUUCGAAAACUGAUCGAAGAGUUGUUCUUAUGAACGAAGUUAUAUCAGGUAUACAAGUUAUUAAAAUGUAUGCUUGGGAGAAACCGUUCGAAAAACUCAUCCACUGGGCGAGAAAAACUGAAAUUCACAGUUUAACCAAGUCAGCAUACCUACAAGGAUUUUUUUUGAGUUCUCUGGUGUUCGUAGAACGAACCACGUUGUUUUUGACAUGCGUUUGUUUCGUACUCACAGGGCAUGUCUUAACGGCAGACAUAGUUUUCCCAAUAGCGCAAUUCUUCAACAUACUCCAGAUGACGAUGGCUAUGUUAUAUCCAGCCGCUAUAACCUACGGUGCUGAAAGUUUGGUGGCUAUAAGACGUAUCGAGAAAUUUUUAUUACUCGAUGAAAAGCAGAAAGCCGAUCUUAAACACACCAGCGAUGGAAGCUUGCUUGUGUCAAACGUGGAUGCAGAGUGGGUGGAAGGAAACACCGUGUUGGAGAAUAUUUCCUUCACUGUACCUAAAGGAUCCUUAUGUGCUAUUAUAGGUCCUGUAGGUUCCGGAAAAACUACAAUUUUGCAGCUUUUUUUGGGAGAGUUGAUACCAAAGACUGGCAAAAUUAGCAUUGGGGGUGAAAUAUCAUACUCAUCUCAAGAAGCCUGGCUUUUUUCAUCUUCUGUAAGAAGCAACAUUCUAUUUGGUUUGGAGUAUAAUUAUCUACGAUAUAAUCAAGUUAUUAAGGUUUGUGCCCUGGAAAAAGACUUCAAACAGUUCCCACAAGGCGAUAAAACCAUCGUAGGAGAAAGAGGUGUCUCUCUAAGUGGUGGUCAAAGAGCUAGAAUUAAUCUAGCUCGUGCUAUAUACAGACAAGCCGAUAUAUAUUUACUUGAUGAUCCAUUAUCAGCGGUUGAUACUCACGUUGGACGUCACCUAUUCGACGAAUGCAUAUCCAGACAUUUAACGGGCAAAACCAGGGUUCUAAUAACGCAUCAACUGCAGUAUCUCAAAAUGGCUGACCAUAUUAUUGUUCUUGAUGAGGGGAGAAUCGCAGCACAAGGAACAUUCGAGGAAUUAUCAGACAGCAAUUUGGACUUCACCAAGCUUCUAAUAGCUUCAGAUGAACAGCAAGAUAAACCUGAAGAACCCGUGGUAGAAAAAUCUUUGUCUAGAAGGAUGUCCAGAAAAAGUUCUGCCAUAUCAUGCUUGAGCCACAUCUCUGACAGCGUUGAAAUGGAGCUACAGGAAUCCAAAGUCGUAGAGGAGGAGGAAGUUAUAGGCGAUUUAUCACCAUUUAAAGAAUACUUUAAAGCAGCUGGUAGCACAUGUACAAUAAUAUUACUUGUUAUAACACUCAUAUUGGGUCAAAUCGCUUCUUCUGGGGCUGAUUACUGGGUAACCUACUGGACUCAACAGGAAGCCAUAAGGCACGCUAAUGACAGCAUAUUAAAGGUAGACGAACCCAGUAUGGUUCUACUAAACAACACUAGUAGCCCAACAAACAUCAACUUUUUCUAUCAGGCUACAGACACAGUUUCAUCAUUUUUCGACAACCUAUACGACACAUUUUUAAACGGCAACUUGAUGGAAAAUACCUCAAUGAAAACGAAUGUAGCCAUAUACAUUUACACCAUCUUUAUCAUCGGUUCUAUAGUUUUUACUUUGAUGAGAGCUUUCUUCUUCUUCAGCGUGUGCAUGAGGGCGUCGAGGAAUCUCCACAAAAAGAUGUUCACUUGUUUGUUCAAGGCGCCGAUGAGGUUUUUCGAUACCAACCCCAGUGGAAGAGUUUUUAAUAGGUUUUCUAAGGAUAUGGGUGCUAUCGAUGAGUUGUUACCCAGGGUUAUGAUCGUAGCUCUACAAAAUACAUUGGUGAUGAUAGGUAUUUUGGUUAACGUAUCCAUAUCAAAUCCGUAUGUAAUUAUAUCUGUGAUUAUAUUGGGUAUACUGUUUAUUUUAUUAAUGAAUUGGUACAUUGCCACAACUAAGGCUCUCAAACAUAUUGAAGGAAUAAGUACGUGUACACAAAAAAAAAUUUCUAUAUUUUUGAACUUUUUUUUAGCUAAAUCACCCAUGUUUUCCCAUGUUAACUCCUCUUUAAACGGUUUAACCACCAUAAGAGCUUCAAAGGCACAACAAACGCUUAUAAAUGAGUUUGAUCAUCACCAGGAUGUCCACACUUCUUCCUGGUUCCUGACAAUAACCUCUGUGGUGUCUUUUGGCCUAUGGUUGGACAUCCUUUGCGUAAUUUUUGUGGCCUGCGUUACCUACAGUUUUGUAUUUUUAGCUUCAAUAACUGAAGUAAAUGGCAGUUUGGUAGGUCUUGCCAUAUCCCAAUCCAUGAUCCUAACGGGCAUGUUGCAAAACGGUAUGCGUCAAACUGCCGAAGUUAUAAAUCAGCUUAUCAGUGUCGAGAGGGUGUUGCAUUACACAAAAAUAGAACAAGAAGGCCCCUUUGAAACUGAUGAGCAUAAAAGACCGUCGAAAUCCUGGCCCGAUAAAGGCGAUGUCAGUUUUAAAAACCUGUAUCUGAAGUAUGUUGAAAGUGACCCCCCCGUUUUGAAGAACCUUAACAUAGAUAUCCAUCCGGGAGAAAAAGUGAGAAAAAAAACUGGAGCAGGUAAAUCAUCCCUUAUUACAGCCCUGUUCAGGCUGUCGCCAAUAGAAGGAAACCUGAUAAUAGAUGGGCUAGACACGAAAGAAAUCGGUUUAAGCGACUUGCGUAAAAAAAUAUCCAUCAUCCCUCAAGAACCAGUCUUGUUUUCCGCCACGUUAAGAUAUAAUUUAGACCCUUUCAAAGAAUAUGAGGAUAAUCAGCUAUGGAGAGCUUUAGAAGAGGUCGAAUUAAAAGAUGCAGCAUCAUCCCUGGACUUCCAGGUAUCAGAGGGUGGUAGUAAUUUCAGUUUAGGUCAGAGACAGUUAAUUUGCCUUGCUAGAGCAAUUCUACGUAUGAAUAAAGUUCUUGUUCUUGACGAAGCCACUGCAAAUGUAGACCCACAAACGGAUCAUUUAAUUCAAAAAACAAUACGAACCAAAUUUGCAAAUUGUACAGUACUUACCAUAGCCCACAGACUUAACACUAUAAUGGAUUCAGAUAAAGUCUUGGUUAUGGAAUCAGGCACAAUGGUGGAAUUCGACCAUCCUCACUUGCUACUGCAAAAUCCCGAUGGGUACUUCCACAAAAUGGUUCUGGAAACUGGCCCCAGUAUGACUUUGCAACUCAAAGAUGUUGCGCAAGAAGCAUAUGAAAGUAAAGUCUAA